ACUUUCACAUUAUUACGAUCACCAUGGACAUGUUGGGGAAAGAGUUGCUAUCUGCUGAGGAAAAAGAAAAGUCUCAGGUGGAGUUUGAGAAUAAACAAGGAGAAGAUGAAACUAAAGAUGAGGAAGAAGAAAGUGUCCUGAAAUGUGAAGAUAUGAAAGAAGAGGAAACUAAAGAUGAGGAAGAAGAAAGUGUCCUGAAAUGUAAAGAUGUGGAAGAAGAGGAAACUAAAGAUGAGGAAGAAGAAAGUGUACAGAAAUGUAAAGAUGUGGAAGAGAUGGGAGAAGAGAAGCCACGGGCUGCAGAUGAAAUUGAGGAAAAAACCCUGUUACCUGUUCAGCCGGUCGUCAAAAAGCCGGCUGAAGGCCUGAACCUUAACAAUGAAGUGGUUAAGAUGAGAAAGGAGGUGAAGAGGGUGAGAGCUUUGGUCAUCAGGAAGAUGACACGACAGAUGGGGGCCCUGAAGAAGAAGAAGGGUAAAGACACAGAAACUGAGAGGAAUCAAAGGAGAGCGACCAGACUGCUGGAGGAGAUCCAUGCCAUGAAAGUACUCGCACCCGACCUGGUGACAAAGAAGGCCUUGCAAAAGAAUCUAAAUUUCGAACAGGUGUGUAAAAACCCCAUGUCUACUAUUUCUGACCGGGCUGUGGCACGCAUCGCCACCCACCCGCAAUUUAACAAAAAGAUUGGAGACAUAAAAAUGGCUUUAAAAGCCUUCAAAGAAGAGAGGAUGAAGACUGGAAAGCAGAAAGGGAAGUUGGAAGGGCAAAACAAACCUGGAAACACAACUCCAGGUUUGCCGGACAAACCGAGAGAAAGACCCGGUGGAAAGGAGAUAACAUCGAGGCGAGAGGAAAUCAAAGGUGACGAGGAAGGAGACGGUGUGCGUAAAGACGUGAAAGAUGCAACUGUUGCUAAACCUGAGAGGAAAGGGAGUAAAGCAACUCAUCUGGCUGACACAACUGAUAGUCAAAGAAAAGAAACGCCAGAAUAUAAGUGUGCAAGGCCACCAUCGAUAAAAAGAAGUGUGGAAACUGUGAAAAAUAAUCUUCUAGGUCAGGAUGCAGGAAAGAAACCCGAUCUUAAGGUGCCUCAGCAGAAGAGAGACGAGGAAGAGAGUGAUUUAGAGUCUCUUAAAGAUGAAGACAGAGAGUACUUCGAUGACAGCACAGAGGAACGUUUCCUCAGGCAGUCCUCGCCAUCCGAAGAGAGCAAUGACGAUGAUGACUUCUUUAUUGGAAAGGUGAGAAAAUUCAAGAAAAAGAAGAGGGACGUAAAAGGUGGCCCAACAGAACCUGGAGUUGUUGAGUCCAGGUUGAAGGCAAAAAAGGCCUCGCUUCAGUCUGUCUUCUGUUCUUCCCUCGCUGCGCCCAAGCCUGCAGCGAGGGAAGGUGCAACCAGAGGGAGAGAUGGGGAUACGUUAAGGGCCCAAGAGACAAGUCCGGUAAGUGAGUUUAAAAAAUCCAAGUACCAACAUCAGGGGAAAGGAACACAAUACAAUUCAGGGUCCAAGUACAAAAAGCCCUGCCAUAAGGGCGGCCAGCCUGAAUCACAACAGAGGGUCUUUCCUUCUCAGAGCAGAUGGGGGGGUCAAGGGAAAGGGGACGUUAUUAAGCCAAAGUCGCGCUAUGACGGAGCCGCCCCUUACCAUCAGGCACAAAAUCAGACCCUGCAUCCAUCCUGGGAGGCCAGUAAGAAAAGAAAGGAGCAGCAAGGACAAAUCUUGGCUUUCCAAGGAAAGAAGAUCAAGUUUGAUGAUGAUGACUAAACCUUGUUUUGUUUAUCCAUUAUUCAUUAAGAGUCUUACAUCGUGCUUCAAGUCAGCUUUACUUAUUUUUGAUAGAUGUUCAAAACAAGUGGUUAUCUCUGUCUACUUGAGAUGUUUUCUCAAGUGUAAAGAGCUUUUUCAUCCCUAUGGCUGGAAAAGAGAUUAAAUAUAAAACGUUAAAUUACUCUCAUUCCAAAAUAUUGUUGAAUUGUAAACUGUAAAAUGCAUCACCAAAUAUUCUGUGUUUUUUUUUGUAUUUAUGAUUAACACUGUGGUGUUGUGUAAGGAAAACUGAAUUUGCCCUUUGUGUUAGAAACUGGUGAAGAAUUGUAAAGUUAAGAUAUUAACUCAAUUGAUGUGUUUAUAAAAUGAAUCAGGAAUGUCAAUGAUGUUCAUUAUUUCAAAAUGUUUUAACCAGAGGUCUUGUUCAGGUGAUCACCUGAAGAUUGAAUAAACGUUUUGUUGAAUUAG